CACCUAGAGGUGCCUCAGAAGAAAGACCUGUGGUUCUGCUCUCAAACGACUGUAACAGUGGAAACCCAGUGGCGUGUAGUUCUGCUCUGUCAUCCCGCACAAGGAAUUGCGGUUGUGAAAUGUGUACCCAGGAGGGUUUCCAGGCACGGAGGAGCCAGCUGGUGAGCAUGCUGGUCUCGGGAUCCCUGGAGUGCUUCGAGUGCAUCCUGGACUGGCUACUCUCCUGGGAAGUCCUCUCCUGGGAGGACUAUGAGAGUCUCAGCCUUCUGGGAAAGCCCCUCUCCCACUUGGCCAGACACCUCUUGGACACAGUGUGGAAUAAGGGACAUUGGAGUUGUGAGAAGCUCAUUGCGGCUGUUCAAGAGACCAAAAAUGAUAACCAUUCCUUUGAGUUGAAUGGACUCUGGGACCCACAAUCACCUUGCCCAGUCCGUGAUCUACAGACCCACCGGCCAAUUAUCGUCAGGAGACUCUACAGUCACGUGGAAAGUGUCCUGGACCGCGUGCAGGAGCAGGGCUUCAUCAGCCAGUAUGAAUGUGAUGGGAUCAGGCUGCCAAUCUUCACAUCAUCCCAGAGGGCAAGAAGGCUGCUGGAUCUUGCCACGGUGAAGAAAAAUGGAUUGGCUGCCUUCCUUCUACAACAUGUUCGGGAAUUACCUGUCUCAUCAGCCCCACCUUUCAACGAUGCUGCUUGUGAGAAGUACAUGUCCAAGCUGAAGACCACAGUCUCCGCCCAGUCUCGCUUCCUGAGUACCUACGAUGGGGUGGAAAACCUUUGCCUAGAAGACAUAUACACAGAGAACCUCCUGGAGCUGCAGAGCGAUGUUGGCAUGACCGGAGGCCUACCGCAGAGCCCAGCCACCGUGGGCCUCGAGGACCUCUUCAGCCGCCAGUGCCAUUUCAAUGACGAUGCAGACACUGUUUUGGUGGUGGGUGAGGCAGGCAGUGGCAAGAGCACGCUCCUGCAGCAGCUGCACUUCCUGUGGGCUGCAGGCCGGGCCUUUCAAGAGUAUCUCUUCGUCUUCCCAUUGAGCUGCCGGCAGCUGCAAUGUGUGGGAAAGCCACUCUCGGUGCAGAUGCUGCUCUUUGAGCACUGCUGCUGGCCGGACGUCGGCCAACAGGAUGUCUUCCAGUACCUCCUUGACCACCCUGACCGUGUGCUCCUAACCUUUGACGGCUUUGAUGAAUUCAGGUUCAGGUUCACUGAUCGUGAGCGUCACUGCUCUCCAACAGAGCCCACGUCCGUUCAGAAUCUGCUCUUCAACCUUCUGCAGGGGAACCUGCUCAAGAAUGCCCGCAAGGUUCUGACGAGCCGCCCCGAUGCAGUGACAGCAUGCCUUAGGAAGUACAUUUGCGCCGAGCUCCAUCUCAAGGGCUUCUCCGAGGAGGGCAUUGAACUGUUCAUGCGGAAGCACCAUCAGGAGCCGGGGCUCGCAGACCGGCUUGUCCACCUACUCAAAACAACCUCAGCCUUGCACGGUUUGUGUCGCCUUCCCGUCUUCUCCUGGAUCGUGUCUAAAUGUCACCAGGAGCUGUUGCUACUGGGUGGGGGGUCCCUGAGGACCACCACUGAUAUGUACCUGCUGAUCCUGCAGCAUUUUCUGCGGCAUGCCUCUCCACCAGACUCAGCAGCCCUCAGCCAGGACCCCAGUCUGCUUCGAGACAGGCUGCCCACACUCCUGCACCUCGGUCACUUGGCUCUCUGGGGCCUGGGCACAUGCUGCUAUGUGUUCUCAGCCACACAGCUCCAAGCAGCACAAGUGGGCACCGAGGACCUUUCUUUGGGCUUCCUGGUGCGGGCCAAAAGCAUUGUGCCAGGGAGUUCUCCAUCUCUGGAAUUCCUGCACAUCACUUUCCAGUGCUUUUUUGCUGCAUUUUACCUGGUGCUAAGUCCAGACUUUCCACCCACCAUGCUCAGGCAUCUCUUCAAUUGCAAGGGGCCAGGUGGCUCCAAACUGGCCAGGCUGCUGCCCAUCCUGUGCAUCCAGAGCACGGAAUGCAAGGAGAACGGUGUGGUGACUUUGCUGCAGAAGGCUGAGCCCCACAACCUCCAGAUCAUGGCGGCCUUCUUGGCCGGGCUACUGUCCAGGGAGCACUGGGGCCUGCUGGCAGAGUGCCAGCUGUCUCAGAAGGCCUUGCUGCAGCGCCACACCUCUGCCCGGUGCUGUCUGGCCCGCAGCCUCCGCAGACACUUCCACUCCAUCCCUCCCGCUGUGCCAGGUGAGGCUAAGAGCAUGCAUGCCAUGCCCAGCUUCCUCUGGCUCAUCCGGAGCCUGUAUGAGAUGCAAGAGGAACGGCUGGCCCAGGAGGCUGUGCACAGACUGGAUAUUGAGCACCUCAAGUUGACUUUUUGCAGUGUGGGCCCCACUGAGUGUGCAGCCCUGGCCUUUGUGCUGCGGCAUCUGCGACGGCCUGUGGCCCUGCAGCUGGAUCACAACUCCGUGGGUGACAUUGGUGUGGAGCAGCUGCUGCCUUGUCUCAGGGUCUGCAAGGCUCUCUACUUGCGAGAUAAUGAUAUAUCAGACAGAGGCGUCUGCAAGCUCAUUGAACAUGCUCUUCACUGUGAGCAGCUGCAAAAAUUAGCCCUGUUCAACAACAGAUUGACUGAUGGCUGUGCACACUCCAUAGCCAAGCUCCUGGCGUGCAAGCACAACUUCUUGGCAUUGAGGCUGGGAAAUAACCGCAUCACUGCUGUCGGGGCCAAGGUGCUAGCGCAAGGACUCCGAGACAACUCCUCCCUCCAGUUUCUGGGGUUCUGGGGCAACACAGUUGGUGACAAGGGGGCCCAGGCCUUGGCUGAAGCCUUAAGUGACCACCAGAGCUUAAAGUGGCUCAGCCUGGUAGGAAACAACAUCGGCAGUGUGGGUGCCCAAGCUUUAGCACUGAUGUUGGAAAAAAACGUGGUUCUGGAAGAACUCUGCCUGGAAGAAAACCAUCUCCACAAUGAAGGUGUAUGUUCUCUCGCUGAAGGACUUACCAGAAAUUCCAGUUUGAAAGUUUUGAAGCUGUCCAACAACCACAUCACCUACGUUGGGGCAGAAGUUCUCCUGCGGGCCCUUGAAAAGAACGAUGCCAUCCUGGAAGUCUGGCUCCGAGGGAACGCUUUCUCUCCAGAAGAAAUCCAGAUUCUCAGCCAUAAGGACAUCAGACUCUUGCUUUGAUUUGGGGGCCAGUGCGCAUCGCUGCUUGGACCUCGAAGCUGGAUCACAUGGAGGCAGCAGUUCACUCAGACUGAGCUCUGCCCAGCUUAGGACUGAUG